UAGUUUUCGUUCAUCUGUGGUCAAUUUUGUCCAUUUUUGUGCUGUGUUUUUUUAUUCGCUUGCCGAGGUAGUGCAUGCCUCUUGUGGUAAUAGAUGUGUUUUAUAUAAUAAAAUGUGACACAAAAAAGAAAUGCGUUGGUCCUAUGAUAAAUCUGAGUGCAUUCUUCCGGUAACUGGAUAAAAAUAAUAUAAUAGUGAAAGGAAACGUACAAAGAAAAAUGGAAGUGCAGUACCUAAGCCAGGAACAUUUAUCUGGAUUUGAAAAUUAUAAGUACAGUGCCGUGGAUACUAGUCCGCUGAGUAUAUAUGUGAUGCAUCCUUUUUGGAACUAUGUUGUUGAAUGGUGUCCAAAAUGGAUUGCACCAAAUCUGUUGACAUUUGCUGGAUUCCUGUUUACGGUUCUCAAUUUCAUGAUAUUUUCAUAUUAUGAUUAUAAUUUCUAUGCAUCAAGUGAUGAACAUUCAGACGUUCCAGCAAUUCCUCAAUGGGUGUGGGCUGUGGCAGCCCUUAAUAUAUUUUUAGCGUAUACAUUAGAUGGUAUUGAUGGGAAACAGGCCCGACGGACCCAGACCAGUGGCCCCCUCGGUGAGCUGUUUGACCAUGGGCUGGACUCAUGGACAGCAUUUCUAAUCCCAACUUGUGUGUUCUCUGUGUUUGGUCGUGGGGUGAACAGUAUACCUCCUCUCCGAAUGUACUUCUGUCUAUGGAAUGUAUUUGUUAAUUUUUAUCUCUCUCACUGGGAGAAACACAUUACGGGUGUUCUCUUCUUGCCUUGGGGUUAUGACGCCUCAAUGGUGGUAGCCAUUUUUAUAUUUAUAGUUACAUCAAUAUUUGGCCAUCAGGUUUGGUCAUUCACCUUGCCAGGUGGGAUAUCAGCUGGCCACAUGUUUGAACUAACAUUCUACAUAUGUGCCAUUGUAUCAAACCUACCCAUGUGUUUAUGGAAUAUAUAUAAGUCAUACCGGGAUGGAACAGGAAAGAUGCGGCCAUUUUGGGAGGCAGUGAAGCCGUUAGCACCUGUCACACUCUUCUUUGUUGUGUGCACGCUGUGGGUUAUAUACUCUCCUGCAGAUGUGGUAAAUCUGGAUCCAAGAUGUGUGUACCUGGUUUCUGGGACCAUCUUCUCAAACAUCUGUUGUAGACUGAUAGUAUCGCAGAUGUCGUCAAUGCGCUGUGAACUGUUCAACUGGCUUAUAGUACCAACUGGACUUGUCUUGGCUGCCUCUCUAAUGUUACCAUCGUCUGUUGGGGCCUCUGUGGAGCUGGGCAUGCUCUACUCUUUGGCAUUGAUUGCAACUGUGGCACACGUCCAUUAUGGAACUUGUGUGGUGCGCCAAAUGUGCAGGCAUUUUCGGAUUAGUUGUUUCCGCAUCCAUCAGCAUAGCGAAUGACUACUAGCAGACAGCACGUGUUGAACUCUUUGACAUAAACUAAAACCGAGAUGUCCCUAGAGAAAAUGAAAGUUAAAUUAAAAGUACCAUUGUUCUGGUGGAGAAAUUUAUGAAUUUGUCAGAAACUGUUGCCAAGCUCCUUUUGAGCUGUUAUCCACUGGACACUGUGUACACAUACCUAUACAAACAUAUACCACAUAUAAUUAAUGAUAACGACGAACAAGGGAAUGUAAUAUUUCGUUUAUGAUCAUCACACCUCUAUAAAUGCCAUGUGUUUGUACACAUUUAGACAUGUACAAGGGGAACUUGCACAGUAAUGUUAGUUAUUUAUUAUUACUGCCACUGUAGUGUAAUUUUAAGAAGAACAAUAAGAUGUAGAAGAAACAGCAAGUGACGGCACUCUGUAGAAGUGCCUAAGACUUGAAGUGGGGCAGAUGCUGCUGUCACUUGCUCACAAUACUGGACCUUAAGUGCUUGACAGACACUGUUGAAGGUUCGUGAGUAGAAACAUUAUUUUAACCUGCAGACCAAUAAAAUUUAUGGGCUUUUAUGGAAUGACAAAUUCCUGAUUAUUAAAAAUAUGGAGGUGACAUUAAAAGUGUUUAAAUAGUUUCUCUCCUCCUCACUGUGCAUUUUUGGGGGCACAAGUGAAUACUAACAAAUUUAUGAUGAUGGCCAAGCCCUGCAUGUGGUAUUUAUUCAUUUUUAUAGUUGUCAUGGCAUAAAAAGAAGUAAUUGCCCUCCCAAUAUAGUAAUAAAUUAAAGAUUGCAAGGAACUGGAUGGAACCUGUUGAUUAUUUGUGAGUUUUUGUUGUCAUUUCAGUAACAAGAUUUACUUCAUCUGCUGCUGCAUUUAUGUAUGAUUCCUAUUGAGAUAUGCAUAAAAUAUAUUUCAACUCUUCCUCACUUAUCACAGUCAGAAGUAAAACUUGGUAUUUUGUCACCUGCUCUUAUAUGCAUUUGGGUUUUAACUGUGGACAGUGUCCUCAUUUUACCCAUUUUUAAUCAGUAUUUUGCAGUAAAAAUGUAUUCCAGGUGUUGUCAUUUUGUGUAGAACAGCUGGAGGAGGAACAGCAUUACAUACUUUCCGUAUUAAUGACCAUUGUCUUGUAUUAAUCUUAGAAUAUUUUUGUUAUUGGUUUGUUGUAAUAGAUUUCCAUUAAUUUAUUUAAGAAUUUUCUGUGGGUCUUUGACAUGUGUCUGUCAUGCAUUUAAUAGUUUACUUGCAUGUACACAUUUGGUCAGUAUCUUUGCAGCUACCAUUUUAACUCAUGCUUUUCAUAUUUUUAGGGAAGAUAUUUUGUUUUACAGUGGUAUUUCUCGGUUUUUUUAUGAACACGUGCUGUCCCUCGGACAUAUUUUCGAACUUCAGCAAUAGAUUUGACAUUUUGUACUAUAGAAAGUAUAGUACUGCUUUAUUUUGUAGAAUUUUGUGCCAGUCAUCAUCAGAUUUGUAUAAAACCAGUGUGUUUGGUUUUAGGAUGUUCUUUGUUAGUAAAAAUAGGUACGUUUAAAGAGUGUAAUUUCAUAUAAAGUUUCUUUCAGUUUGUUGUAAAAGCCGUGGUCCUCUUUCCUAAAAACAAGUAGGUAUUAUGUUUUAUGGCAGGGAUUCUCAACCUGUGGGCCACAUGCUGCCUGCUUUCACUUUUUGUAAUAUUAUAUUCCCCUCAUAAAGAAAAAUACGGCCUAAAUUAAAUAUUUAAUUUUAAGUGAAUAAUUAAGCAAGUAACAUAUAAACACAUUUGGUAAAGGAAAUGAAUGGGUGAUAUGUGAACCUGUUUGGGAUAGUAAGGUAGUAGUAGUUUUAAUAAAUUGCCAUGAAGUUUUGAUAAAUUAUUUAUGACCAAGAGGUGAGUUAGUAAUAAAGGGUGAAUGUUACCAUGGGUUUUGGAAGGUUGAGAACCCCAGUUUUAUGGUAUACGUAGUGGGUCAUUCUGAAUGAAGAUGUGUUGAUCACAUAUACUUUGUCAUUGUGUUUCUGAAUUGUACAUUUUUCAUACUUGUAUUUGUAUAUUUUGUUAUUGGACACUAACUUCAACUGGACAGUCAUAAGACCUUUAAUUGUUAUAAUUGACAGAACAGAUUGUCUGCUACGUAUGACAAAUCAACUACUUGACUUUUUUGUUUACCAUAGCUACUUUCAAAAAUAUAAUAGUGGAAAAAGGCAGAACUGCGAAAAAGAGCCCUUUCACUUGCUGACAGCAUAGUAUAUAUUACAUAUAUAGAAUACUCUACCUGGAGUAAACAUUUAAAUAAAUGUACAUGACACUUCAGGUCAUACUGAGACUAACAAUGUGCAGAGUAUGCUUAACCUGUAUACUUACUCAGGGUUGGUGUUGAAAGGAUUAAUGAUAAAGAACAAAUUGUAUCAUAUCAAGGGCUUUUACAGCCAUAGGGAAUCUUGUCUCACUUUCAGAUAACAUUCUUGACUGUUAACACUGUUUUCAAAUAACAGAUGCUAAUGUUAUGUUUUAGUAUAAACUUGUGGACAUUGUGUAAAUCAGGCCAGGUAGGGAGAAAGAGGGCAUACAGAAGUCUAAAUAUUUACGUAUAUUUUAUGAGCUGUAUUAAGUAAUGGUUAGGAGAAAUUACUGCAAUUGAUGCAAGAAGUCUGUUUUAUGUUUUUCCCCAUGUUCUAUGUGGUUCAUCUUAUGUUGUCACUUCAAUUUAUAUUGAAGUCUGACUUCAUCAUUAAACAAUGUUGCACUGUAAUGGUGAUGCUUCUGUCUGUGAAGUUCUAAAUUUGGCUUUAGCUGUGGCAGUCAUAUAAGAUGAAAUGUGACUUUCAAAACAUAAUAUCUGUAUGUGUUAACACGUACAGAUUGUCCAUAAUACAUAACAGUGUUUCAUAUACCCAUAAUACAAACAUGAGGAAGAGACCGAACUAAAUCGCCAUGGUACUUGUUAAUGUGCUGAUGAUGUAAGUAAGGGAGAAUAUAAAUACCGUGAAGAAUAAAAUAGAGCUUUUAUAGGCUAGGUUAAAAUAAAUGAAACUAAAUAUAUGAACAUGGCAAAAAACCAAAAUCAGGAAGUAAAAAUAUAACUACAUAAAAAAUAAUUAAAAACUUUAAAAAUUAAAGAUCUGGAAACAACAUUAACAGAUAAGAAUUAAUUUUAUUAUGAGAUUAGGGAAUAAAUAGAUUUUGGAAACUCUACAAAUAUUAUUUGGUGACGAACUCAAAUUAUAGAGCCCCUCAUUAUACUGUUUUCUCCACGCUCAUGUAACUUCAUCCUUUUGGUCAAAAUAUUCUCUUCAGUUCCAUAUUCUCAGACACUCUUUUCAAAGAAAGUGGUUAAAUUAUAAUGUUGUAUAUUCUAAUCUUUAUGUUUUUAGAUAGAAGACGAAAGAUUCUGCACUGCAUAGUGGCAAACAUUCCCUGAAUUUUAUUUUGUACAUUUCCUCAUAAACGCAAUUUUGAUUUGUUACUGUUGUUCCCAAAUUUUUAAUUUUGACACACUUUUGCACUUUUAUUAGCUGUUUUUAUGUUAUGAUAUCCACUUUUUGCAUAAGGAAUGCAGAAUUACAAUACUCUGAACACAUGCAACAUUUUGAGACUACCCAUAACCCAUUUAUUUUAAUUUAUCUGUUCUAGACUUAAUAGGAACCAUGAUGAGUAAAGUGACUGGUAAUGUGUUGAAUGACGAAGGUUUGUUUCCUGACGGGCUUCAGGAUGUUCUAUUCACUGCCAUGUCCAGAAUGACUGGGACUACCUGGCCUCUUGUCAAAUUAAUUUCAGGUCCCAUUCCCUGGUGUAAAGUUUACCGCCUCACCUAGUGCUAGGUUAAAAAGUGGGGAAGCAAUUUGUGGCCAUUCCAUAAAAUGUACGCAUAAUUAAGUUACGAAUUGUUUUAUAUGAGUUAUUACAUGUUUGUUGUGACAUGCUCUGUAUGUAAACUUAUUUUAGUGUUAUUCAUAUUAAUGCAUUUUAAAAUGGUGGUUUCCAAAAUUUAAUUGAAAUUCAGGUGAUGUUACUUGAGACAUGAAGGUAUAUGUUAAAAUCGUAGCCUUGGAUGUUGCAUUUGAUUUCUAUAACAGGUUCAUGACACUGAGUUGUAAAUCUUUUGGGGAACACAGAAUGUUUCAAAAGCUAUGCUGGAAAAAGUAUGUAAUAUUCAUUGCUUGUCAAUAUUAUAUGUUAUGGCAAAUUAACAUUAAGUAAUUAUGCUCUGUUUGUUCUAGAACACAUAUUAGUUCUUUCUGUGUUGUCUUUGAAUUGCAUAGCAGUCAGACACCAUCCAAAGAUUAAGCUGUGUGUUAAUGCAUCAUAUCAAGUGAUUUUGUAAAUGUCUGAGAACUGCUGUUUUCAGAAUUAGGUAGUGUAAUGUAAGGUGUCAAAGAAAUCUUCUUUCAUUAAAUUUGGAAUUUGAUCUAUACUCAUGCAUAAUUGAUAUAUCAGUAGGAAGAAUUAAAAAUAUAUUCCUUCAGAACUGAGAUCUUUGCGUAAUAAUUCCUUAUUUGUUUCUAUAAGUCCAAUGAGAUCUCAGUAUUGGAAUUUUUUAGGUAAAUGAGAUAGGGGUUUCAUUCCAAUUUCAAGUGUGUUACUCCAUUUUGAUGCAUUUGCAACCCUGUGGAGUGCCUAUUAAAAUUGCUCCAUCUACCUGCCUGUAUGCAUGUAACAGCUUGUGACUAGUUAAACUGAUUUCCAUGAAAUUGAUAUUGGGGAGUUGUACUAAAAUAUGUCAACAAAUUCUAGUUUUGAUUAAAAUAAAAAAAUAAUGGACACUUUACAUGAAGACUUGCACUUUUUUUUUUGGACAAAAUUGAUUUUUUAGCUGUAUAUAUUACAUUUCCUAACCUGUUAACAUUUUCAACACCCUCCCUAUUUGAAAAUCUGUUGUCAAAGUUUGUAGUGAUUGUCGGUUAAAAAAUACUUUUCCCAGACGGAAAAGAUGAAUAAAAUAAGAGCAACACGUUUUCAGUCAUUGUUAACAGUUAAUUACUUUUUUUGCAAUGAGAGGAAAUUCUUUUGUUUUUUAAUAUUUCUGCAAUAAUUUUGUGAUAAAUCCUGGAAAGCGUUAAUUGAAAUCCAGUUUUAAUGAUGUUUAUUUAAUAUAAAACUCAGGCUUUAUGUAGGGAGAGUGAAAGAAGCUCUUCUGUUCUGGUCAUCUUAUCUUUGUGUGUAUGAACCCAGCUUUGGAUGCAAGCAAGGAUGUACUGGACAGCAGAAGUGGGUGUUUUCAUUGUUCCUGAGUGUACAUUGUUUUUGCUAAGACUAUUGCAGUAUCAGUAGUACUACAAUGAAUGACUGUUUUAUCAAAAAAAUAGCCUAUGUGUAAAUAAUAUACCUGUAAUACACAUGCAUAAUAGUUUAAGUUACAAAGUAUAUGAAAUAUGUGAAAACUAUUGUUAAAUUGUAAGGGAUGUUCAAGACUGGUGGCUUUACUUUUGGAAUUCUCCAUUGAAUUAAACAUUUCAUUUCUAAUUUUUCUUACAUCUGAAGUUCUUUUAUGUUUUAUGUCUUUAAUAAAUACAAUUUUAUGUGAGAUUUAAGGUCAAAUAGCAUAAAAUAUACACUGAUGGAGAAUGGUGUCUAUUCCAUAUGAAUGUGUCCCAUUAAAAAGGAUAAUAAUAAAAAAUAAUGAGAAAACUUAGUGAAGUAAAUAUAAAUUAAAUACAUUUAUAUCUCUCAUUUAAUGUAUAUUUUUAUACAGGACGUGUGUUAUUAAGAAAUUGCUUGUCCCACCUGGAAUGGUACAAAUUCAAGUAUUUCUUUCAGGGUUAAUUAUAGUAGUCAUGACAUGUUUAGAAGCAAAUCUGAUGUUCUAGCUUUGUGAAUGGGCAUCACUAAGCAGAAAGACAAAUACUUCAAAGACCUCAGCAUUCCAUGGUCCAGUCUGGAUAUAAUUAUGGAAUGAUUGGUGGGUUGCCCUUGUAUGCAACAUUUUACUAGAGAAAGGAAUGUGCAUUACUUAUUAAAGAACUGCCAAAAGACAUUUCCAUGCUUCAGAAUACUCUGUAUUCUCUUCCAUACCUGUGUGAUGUCAUUUGCUGUAAUAAGUAAGUACUUUCCUUUAUGCCAGGUCUAACUAAUGAUGACUUGCACCCCAGGAUGUUUGCAUUUGUAAAUAUAAUUUAUUAUACUGCAUAAUGAAAUCUGAAAUUCUUCAGUCUUUGAACAUCUCUGUCUUUUGUGUAAUUUGGAAAUAACUUUAAAAAGAUUGCAAUAGAAAAUUAUUUAAACAGUUAAGGUAUUAUAAGGAUAUUGUCCUAAAACUUAUUUCUUUAAACCAGGGUAGUCUUAAGUACCAUUACCGUGGUUAUUUAAUGAUUUUUGAGGUGAAAACUAUGUUUUGUACAUCUAUACCAGAAGACAAACAACAUACUUUGAGCUUAAGCUCUGUAUCCCCUAUAAGCCUUUAUUCAAUGGUUUAUUAAACAGAAACAUUGUUUUAUACAAAAUUUGCAGGUAUGCUUAUAAUUUCUAAUCAUUCUAUCUUAUAGCUACAAAGGCUCAUAAAUCACCAUCAUAUCAGCAAACAGAUGUGUAUUGUUCUGUUUUUCUCACAUGCAUACAGAAGUAUUUUCAUAUUCAUGAGAAAAAGUCCAUACUUUGUUCAGACACAUUAUUAUUUAUUCAUUAAGUAAUAAUGACAUCCAUAAAAGCUUUAAUUUAUUUAGUGGUGUAUCAGUGCUCACUUUUAAAACCCACUGCAUUCUACUGACUCUUCUAGCUUCAAUCAUCUUUUACAAGUGUGAUAAUCAGUGUGCUUACCAAACUAGUCCUGCUGACAAAUUUAAAGAAUAUGGCCUGUAAAAUUACAUAUUAUGCUGUAACUUUCACACCUAGUUUCAUAGAAAUAACAUAUCAUUCUAAAUGCAUUGCAAGUGACUAUAGCUGGUCAGUUAUGAUAGCCCCAUAUGCUUUGUGACAUUUAUCAUCAUGGCUGAAAAGCUCCAGAAUAAUUCAAGAUACCCAAGUGUAAGUUUUCUGUCAUGUGCUUAUAAUCUCCAUCUAUAAUAUGAAGACAAAUUUUAAAAUAUGAUGGGUGUAAACUGAAUAACUAAAACUACACAAAAGAUGACUGAUUUUCUGGUAUAGAAAUGUUUCUGCAGUAAGCACUUAAAACAUUUUGCAACUUAAAUUUUAUUAUGACCACCCUGGCUUAAAGUGCUUUCAUGUUCUUGAUGAAUAGUAUAGUGCUCUUGAACACACACACAAAAUAUUUUACUCUCAAAUUCAAGUUCUCUGUAUUACCAUUCUUUCAGCAUGAAGCACCAAUGUUAAUGUUUGUAGAUUACUUCACUAGCUGCAUAGUAUUUACAAAGGGAGUUAAAACUUGACAAGGAAUUUUCAUUGUUUCUUACAAACAACAAUGUCAUUUUGUAUAGUCUGUAGUAUUGUUUUUGUACCUUGAAAAUACCACCUAAUAUGAAACAAAUAAUACUAUCGACACACUGAUCAAAAUUCCAGUUCGAAUUUUAACCACCCUCGUAGCAUUGGACUUUACUUUAUUUUUAUAUUGUGAGUCUUAUUCCAGGACUUUAAAGAAUACAGUGCAAAGUUUAUUUUAAUCAUGACAAAGCUGGUUAUGUUUUGUACAUAAUCAGGUGUAGUUUGUAGGGUUGAUUCUCAGUGUAAUUUUUAUGCAUUUUGUUGUGCCUCUGUUUUGUUAUUGUUUAAAUACACAAGAAAAGAGAAAGAUAUGUUAUGCUGACUGAAGACCAUAUUGCAUGAUGUAAAAUCCAUCUCUCAUCCUCAAAUAUACAUGUAAUCGAUAAAAUAUAUUGACUAUAUUUCAAGAAAAUUAA